AUGGAGGAGAGCCAGAGCCAAUGCCAUGCGUCGUCUUUCUCGAGCCCCCGGGCCUACCUCAGAGCUCUAGCUGACACUCCGGCCCGUCUGGCCCGCCGUGCCGUUUCAGUCUCCACCUCCUACGACGAAAUGAGCGCCGUCCGCGCCCGCUCCGGCUCCGACAUGCACAAGACCCUCGGCUGGUUGGACCUCCUCGGCUUCGGCUUCGGCGGCAUGGUCGGCGCCGGAGUGUUCGUCACCACCGGCCGUGCCAGUCGCCUCUAUGCCGGCCCUUCUGUGGUCAUAUCCUACGCCAUUGCCGGCCUCUGCGCUCUUCUCUCCGCCUUCUGCUACACCGAGUUUGCCGUCGACAUGCCCGUCGCAGGCGGCGCCUUCAGCUAUCUCCGGGUCACAUUCGGUGAAUUCGCGGCCUUCUUGACCGGAGCCAACUUGAUGAUGGACUAUGUGAUGUCGAACGCCGCCGUUGCGAGGGGCUUCACGGCUUACUUGGGCACCGCAAUUGGCGUCCCCGCCGCAAAAUGGAGGUUCACAGUCGCCGCACUCCCCAACGGCUUCAAUGAAAUCGACGUCGUUGCUGUGGUCGUGGUCUUAGCGGUCACGCUCAUUAUCUGCUACAGUACAAGGGAGAGCUCGGUGGUCAAUAUGGUGUUGACGGCUCUGCAUAUAACAUUCAUAUUAUUCGUCAUCGUGAUCGGGUUCUGCAAAGGCGACUGGAACAACUUCACAGCACCGGCCGACCCGACCACGCAUCCGUCCGGUUUUUUCCCGUACGGGAUUGCCGGCGUGUUUAACGGGGCGAGCAUGGUGUAUCUGAGCUAUAUCGGAUACGACGCCGUGUCGACCAUGGCGGAAGAGGUGCGCAACCCCGUCAAGGACAUUCCCAUCGGAGUCUCCGGUUCCGUCCUCAUCGUCACCCUUCUUUACUGUCUCAUGGCGGCGUCCAUGUCCAAACUGCUCCCCUACGAUAUGAUCGACCCGGAGGCGCCGUUCUCGGCGGCGUUCAGAGGGAAAUGGGAGGCGAGAGUGAUCGGAGUGGGGGCCAGCCUGGGGAUUCUGACGUCGCUGCUGGUGGCGAUGCUGGGGCAGGCGAGGUACAUGUGUGUCAUCGGGCGAUCCAGUGUGGUCCCCGCAUGGUUCGCCAGGGUCCACCCCAAGACAUCCACGCCGGUCAACUCUUCCGCUUUUCUCGGUAUCUUAACCGCAGCAAUUUCGCUUUUCACUGAUCUGAAUGUCCUACUCAAUCUUGUAUCCAUUGGCACACUCUUUGUCUUUUACAUGGUGGCCAAUGCUGUGAUUUUUAGGCGCUACGUUGCACUGGGGAGGACAAAACCAUGGCCUACAAUAUCAUUCCUGUGCUCCUUUUCUUUGACAGCAAUCUUCUUCUCGGUGAUCUGGCAAAUUGCUCCACAGGGAAGAGCCAAAGCAUUGAUGCUUUGUGUUACUGCAAUAAUUGCAGCUUCAAUCGUUCAAAUUUUCCACUGCAUGGUUAAACAAGCGCGAAAACCCGAAUUCUGGGGCGUGCCUUUGAUGCCAUGGAUGCCAUCUGUCUCCAUUUUCUUGAACGUCUUUCUGUUGGGGUCAUUGGACAGACCAUCCUAUGUGAGAUUUGGAUACUUUUCAGGUUUUGCUGUGCUUGUGUAUGUUUUCUACAGCGUUCAUGCCAGCUUUGAUGCACAAGGGAAUGAGUCUUUCACUCAGAAGAAUGGCGAAAUCCACAUAGAGUCUGCACAGGAAAGUAAUGAUCCAGGACUUAAAGUGUAA